AUGCAUUUCCUACGUUUCCUCUCGAGCGCCUUGCUGGCGGGGUCGGCGGCGGGGAUGAGUAUUCCUGGCACGCAGGGAUUGAAGGUCAAGCCGUAUAAGAGGGAGGUGUUGCAGGAUAUUGUGACUUGGGACCAGCAUUCGAUUUUCGUGCAUGGGGAGAGGGUGCUGUUCUACUCUGGAGAGUACCACCCAUUUCGACUCCCUGUGCCGGGUCUAUGGCUGGAUGUUUUUCAGAAGAUUAGAGCGAUGGGGUAUACUGGGGUCUCCAUUUACACCGACUGGGCAUUGCACGAAGGCAAGCCUGGAGACUGGAACGGAGAGGGCAUCUUUGAUCUGCAGCCAUUCUUCGAUGCGGCGAAGCAGGCUGGGAUCUACAUCCUAGCUCGACCAGGACCCUACAUCAACGCCGAGGUAUCCGGCGGCGGCUUCCCAGGCUGGCUCCAACGAGUACCUGGCACACUCCGUAGCGAUGACCAGGCCUACCUCGACGCAACCGAUAACUACGUUAAGAACAUCGGAGCGAUCAUCGGGAAGAAUCAGAUCACGAACGGCGGACCCGUCAUCCUCUUCCAGCCAGAGAACGAAUACUACUCAUGCACUGAUGACAUCGACCCAUGCCCGAACCCUGACUACAUGCAAUACGUCGAGGACCAGUUCCGCAAUGCCAGCAUUGUGGUACCCUACAUUGUGAACGACAAUAACGAGGGCAACUUUGCGCCUGGGCAACCGGCUGCGGUCGAUAUCUACGGCAUCGACAGCUACCCGCUGGGCUUUGAUUGCGCUAACCCGGAGACAUGGCCGGAGGGUGCUCUGCAGACUUACUUAACGGAGACGCACCUGAACUACAGCGCUUUGACGCCGUUCUCGUUCAUCGAGUUUCAGGGUGGUUCAUUCGAUCCUUGGGGAGGCUGGGGUUUUCAGCAGUGCCUCGAGCUCGUCAGCUAUGAAUUCGAACGAGUGUUCUAUCAGAACAACUUCGCCUCCGCCAUCACGAUUUUCAGCAUUUACAUGACCUACGGUGGGACGAACUGGGGUAACUUAGGCCACCCUGGUGGCUACACCUCCUACGACUAUGCCGCUGUCAUCAAGGAGAAUCGAAUGGUCGAUCGUGAGAAGUACAGCGAAGCCAAGCUGCUUGCAAACUUCGUCCAGGCAUCUCCCGCCUACAUCACAUCGACUCCUGGGAACCUGACGAACACUACUUACACCACUAGCAGCGAUCUGAGCGUUACGCCGCUCUUCGGGAACGGGUCCGAUACCAACUUCUACGUGCUUCGACACUCCAACUACAGCGGCCGAUCGGUGACACCAUACAAGCUCACUAUUCCUACCAGCAAGGGCAAGCUCACCGUCCCGCAGCUGGGAGGCGAGCUCAGUUUGCACGGCCGGGACUCGAAGGUGCAUGUCUCCGAUUACAAGGUUGGAGGACACAACGUGCUGUAUUCGUCGGCCGAGGUGUUCACUUGGGAAUCGUACGGACAUGACAGCACUGUCCUCGUCGUAUACGGCGGCGACGACGAACGCCAUGAAAUGGCUGUGUCCAAGGGUGGCAAAGCCACUAUCAGAGAAGGUGUCGGUGUGAAGACUGGCAAGAAGAAUGACGCUACUGUCCUCAACUGGGAGACUAGCUCCUCCAGGCGUGUUGUCCAGCUUGGCUGUGGUUUGACGGUCUAUAUCCUAGACCGCAACUCCGCGUACAACUACUGGGUGCUGAAGGUCCCGAACGACGAUGGUCUAUAUGGACCGAACCUUGGUGGCACGACGGUGAUCGCUCAAGCCGGCUACCUCAUGCGCAACGCAACAGUGUCCGGCAACACACUCAGCCUCGUCGGCGACUUCAAUGCCACGACAGAUAUCGAAGUCAUCGGCGGCGCUCCAAGCAAGCUCGUAGGUCUGAACAUCAACGGCAAGUCCACGAAGUUCAGCCAAGACAAGUACGGCGUCGCUACAGCCUCUGUCUCCUUCAACCCAGAUAUCUCGGUGCCCUCACUAUCCAGCCUGGACUGGAAAUACAUCGACUCCCUGCCGGAAAUUAAGCCGGGCUACGACGACUCCCAAUGGCCUGCUGCCGAUCUGAAGCACACCCACAACGACCUGGUGGUCCAAAGGACUCCGACCAGUCUUCUCGGUAGCGACUACGGAUUCAAUACUGGAACGCUGCUGUUCAGAGGGCACUUCACUGCAAAUGGCGACGAGAAGAAAUUCUCUAUCGAAACCCAAGGUGGAUCUGCAUUCGGCAGCUCCACCUGGAUUGACGAUACUUUCCUAGGCUCGUGGCAUGGCUAUGAUGCUGCGGCGAAUGGCAACAACACGUUCACCAUGCCCAACCUCAAGUCCGGGAGCAAGCAUGUGAUCACUGUGGUCGUUGACCAGCAGGGUAUGGACGAGAACUACGACGCCGGUGCUGAUGAAAUGAAGAACCCGCGCGGUAUUCUACACUACCAUCUUUCCGGGCACAAGGCAGCCGAUGUGUCCUGGAAGCUGACCGGUAACCUUGGCGGAGAGGACUAUCUGGACCGAUCCCGCGGCCCGUUGAACGAAGGCGGACUCUGGGCUGAGCGACAGGGCUACCAUCUACCUGGAGCGCCCAUCGACGACUGGCACUCGAGCGGAGGACCAACCGAAGGCAUCGACGGCGCAGGCAUCGCCUUCUACGCCGCCGAGCUCGACCUCGAUAUCCCCUCCGGCUGGGACGUGCCGCUCUCGUUCACCUUCACCAACUCCUCCGCCUCCAAUGCUGGUGGGAACCAGGCACCCGCUUACCACGUCCAACUCUACGUCAACGGGUUCCAGUUCGGCAAGUAUAUUAAUAACGUCGGACCGCAGAAGUCGUUCCCGGUGCCGGAGGGCAUCUUCAACUACCACGGGACGAACUACCUCGCAUUCGCUUUGUGGAGUCUAGAGGCAGAGGGUGCCAAAGUGGGAGGGCUGGAGCUGUCGGUAAAUGGGACGGUUCUGUCAGGCUAUGGUGAUGUUCCGAUGUCACCUAUGAGCAGCUGGAGCAAGAGGAAGGGAGCGUAUUAG